CUUCUAAGUGGCGUAAAGAUAACAAAUGAAAGUGAAGCGUUUAAGGUGAGCCUCUACCUUGUCUGUACCCUUUUGAUUGUAGUGUUCUUCUGCUAUUGUAUGCAUCAACAGCCGAUUUCACAGUAGAAAAGGAUUAUCAGUCUUCAAAAUCCGUCAAAAUUGAGGGAUAAACAGACGGAUAAAGUCAGGCCCGGUUCAGACGCCCCUUCACUCAUUUGCCGAACCUAACUGAUGAAUUUUAAAAGUACGUCAAAAGAGGGGCGUUUGAAUCAAUUUGGUACGGCAGUUUUAGUUUGAUAGGGCAAAAGCGUUGAGUUCGACAGAGUCUGUCGCACUUUUGUCGAAAUUAACUUAGGCUCGACACACAGUGCGCCGUCUAAAUCAGAUGUCGCGCCAGUGUCGCUCCAAAGUCGAACUUAUUCAAUUAGGUUCGGCACAUGAAAAGUACGGCGUCUGAACCAGGCCUCAGACGGAAUAUUCGCGGAUAAUCCGUCGCUAGUGUGAAAACGGCCAAUAGCAACAACUACCAGAUAACAUCACAAAAUUCCAAAUGAAGAGGCGCGUGAAAUUUGAAAACAAGAACAGAUGGCAAUGGUAGUAUUUUGUUUUGUUCACUUUCAAUCUUCUCUUAACCUGUCAGUGAUUUUGACUGUUUUUGGAACAUUUAAGGUAACUGCUUUAGCAUUCACGUCCACAAGGAUGCAACCGCGCAAUGGGCAAAUCGUGUCAUUUGCCCACUACUUUUCCGUCUACGACUGUAAUAUCCUAGAAAAAUUGGAAACAAUAGUUAUGUAAAAUUUUGGGGGGUAAAUAAGGUGCGUUAUGGUCCAUGUCUAAAAUGGCGAAUAGUUGACGUUACUUAUAAUCAGUCCGUUCUGCAGAGUAGUUAAUUUUUGAAUAACGCUUUCUUUUCUUUGGAAAGGCAAUGAAGAUUUUACACGAAAGAGGCUCGAAAACAGUAGUAAUAACCACCUCAGAACUGGGUGACCACAAGACUCUGAUAGCGCUUGGUAGUACAGUAAAUGGUAUGUGGAUCACUGGCAAUGGGCCCCUAUCUGACUGGACAUCUUCUAACGCUGCUAUUUUCUUAACGUGCUCAUUGUAUACCCUCAAGAUCCUGAAAACCACACCCUAUUCAGCGGCAAAUAUCCAUAAGUCCGUAAGAACAAAUAAGGGAGUGCCCCCCCCCCCCGGCUGAACGCCAAGAUUUAGUGUGUCCCUCCUCCUAUUAGUUCUCGUUUGAUUUUGGUAGCUUACCCUGACACUGCGACUACACAUUUAUUCCUCUUUCUCUCCAUUUAAGGUUUUAUUUAUCUAUUUAUGCCGCUAACUUAACAGAUUUCUUUGAAAUGAAAUUGUUUGAUUUGCUUUCACUCCAAGGCGGUAAUAAGUGGGUCCGGAUGGAGAUUCCAAAAUUAGAAGCUACCUUCACAGGAACGGGAGACCUAUUUGCUAGCGUACUUCUCGCCUGGUUACACAGACAUCCCAAUGACCUGGCACUUGCUUGCGAAGCAACGGUAUCAACAGUGCAAGCAGUGCUAAAAAGGACUCUAGCUCAUGCACAACGUAAGUAGCAUCUAGUUCAAGUGAUUUAUGUAAUAACAUGUAAUUUGAUACAUUCAAGAAUUUUUCAAGCUUAGUGACCGACUUGAGUGAAAUCAAAAUUCAGCUAGUUUGAUCCGAACUGAGUUGACAAAGAAGAUUGGUUGCCAUAGAGAGAUAAACGAGCUAACGUUCCCCCCUUCGUCAGAGUGAAUCAUAUCGGUCAGUUGUGUGUGCUUUAUAUAUUGAAUACCCUGUGAGCAGGGUUUCUGUCUUGCAUGGCUUUUAGCAUUUACGAAGUCGUUCGCGUCGCUUGUCAGUCGCGUAGUUGGUUUGUUUACGCCUCAAGAGAAACGGGGGCUUAAAUAAACCAACCAUAAACGCGAUUGACAAGCGACCCAAACGACUUCGUAAAUGCUUAAAGCCGUGCCAGAAAGAAGCCGCUGCUCGUUGGGUUUGUAUCGAAUGGUGGAGCUACGCUAAUUGUGGGAACAUGAUAGCAUCAAAGAGAAGUUGAUUAUCCCUUAAAGUCCAAAAGCUACGAAAAAAUGGGCAACACAAACGUGCAACUUAUUUCGAAACAUUGUUGCUAAACGGGUUGAAAAGUGAUGAUGCGCGUUUUACCACCCACGAAUCAAACCUGUCUCGAACAAAUCAAUUUGUUUCAGGUUGUGAGAAGUUGUUACAGAAAGUAUAGUUAAAUCUGUUUAUGUUGCAUUUACCUGUUUUGUUGCAAGACAGUUUGAACUUGGGUGGGAAACGCACAACAUAGCUCUUCAACACGUUUCGCAGCAAUGUUCAAAAACAAAUUGCACGUUUUUUUCUUUUCCGUUUUACUGUAGCCUUAACAAAUCGAAAAUUAAAAAAAUUAUUCCUUCAUUUACCCUCAGCAGUAACCGAAAACAAAAUUCAGCUAGCGGCCACUGCAGGACUUGAACACAGUGCCUUCCGAUUCCAAAUCCAUGCAAGGUUCAAUAAGCCUCCUUAAGUUCUCUCACCUCGUUAUACACACUUAUAACUUUCAUCACAAGCUAAUCACUUCACUUCAAAGAAAAUUUUUUGUUUUAACAGGAUUAGCAGGAGAAGGGAACAAGCCAACACCUGGACAAAUAGAGUUGCGUUUAAUUCAAAGCUUGGAUGAUAUUAGGAAUCCAAAAAUAGCAUUUAAAGCUCAUCUAGUAACAAAUUGA